AGUACAGGCGAAUAAUCAUGUGAAGUGCAAAAACAGAGGUUUGCGGUAAAAUGUCCACGAAAGAAGACGAUCUAAGUAGGAUAAGCAAACUUUUCUCCCCUGUUCGAUUGAACAAUGUAGUAAAAUCUAACAAGACUGCAAAUCUGACAGGGAAUGAGAGACAGAUUAAAGAUGGAUGUGCUGAUAUACACAAUGCCAUACAGAAAUGGACAAAGACUAAUCGAGAUGGAACAGAAACCAUAACAGAAAUAGCAAAUAUCAGAAUUUCUCAUAUAUUACAAUCUGAGGAAGAAAAUACAGAGAAACCUGAUAAUUCACAUGACAUUCUGAAGUUAGAGUCUCUUUGUGAAAACAUGCAGAGCUGUGUGCAAAAAUUGAAAAAAGUAGUUUUAAAGAUUGAUACAGUUGCAGCAAAGUUUCAAGGAGUUCAGACGCUGUCACAAUAUAAGAAUGAUUCAGAAGUGUUGUUCCAAACUUGGUCCACAAAAGACUUUGCAUCAGCUGCCAAAGAAUUAUCCACUAUGUAUCAGAAAGAGUUGGAAGUUAAGCAGUCUAUCUACGAAAAUGUCUGUCAUGCUGUCAGUAGAGAUUCUGUCAUGUUCUAUACAUCUGCCUGGGUACACCAGCCUUAUAUUGAGGAAAGGGCAGAUAUUCUGCUGCAGAGCAUGCUCACUGAGACAGGUCAUCAGACGUGAAUGAACCAAUGAAAAUGCCUGUUUCUGAAUGGUAUGGCCUGCUCACAGAUGAAAAAAUAAAGGAGGACAAUAAUUCCAAGGAGUUUCAUUGUGAUCAGCAUUUUUAACCUCUAAACAUUUCAACAUUGUUAAAAAUGAGCUGGAAAGAAAAAUCCUAGUAAAGAAAUCAACAGUUCAUAUGUAGACUUGCAAAAAAGAAUAGUGACAAUUUAUUGCUUUCAAAGAAUGAAAAUUGUAAUGGAGGACCGGAGAAAAAUAUUAGUGAAUGAUAUUGACAGUAGUGCAUGAAUCAGAAUAAAAUGCACCUGGCAUAGAUCGCCAGCUAUAA